AUGGAUGAUGACUUAAGUAUUAAUGAUGUAAAAACAAGUGUUCCAAUCGUUGCCGAAAUCAAUAUUUUUGAAAACUUAGUAACAGAAGUUGUCAAUCCCAUUGACAUAGAAUUCACACCAAAAUUGAACAUGCAGUUUGACAUUGAGGAUGAAUCAUACGACUUUUACAAUGCUUAUGGGGGUAAAGUUGGAUUCAGUAUUCGUAAGGAUUAUGCAAAUAAAAGCCGUAAGACAGGAAAUAUUACAAUAAGCAAGUUUGUGUAUUCCAAACAAGGUUUUAGGGUGAAGGACAAGAGGGAUAUCCAUACAAGAAAGCCCAGGGCUGAAACUCGAACCGGUUGUGGUGCACUGAUGCAAAUUACAUAUGACUGCAAGAAGGGAAAGUAUGUUGUAUAUAAUUUUGUCGAAUCUCACAAUCAUCCUAUGAUAAUUGAAGAAUGCACACAUAUGAUGCCAUCACAACGAAGAAUAAGUGUUGCCCAAGCAAUUGAAGUGGAAUUGGCCUGCCAAUUUGGAGUUCUACUCGGUAAUUUGGAUAGCGAUGAAAUGAUAACUAAUAUCUUCUGGGCAGAUUCGAGAAUGAUAAUUGACUAUGGGCAUUUUGGAGACAUCGUCACAUUCGACACGACAUACAAGCUCGUCCAAAGCAAUCGUCCUUUUGCGGCUUUUCUUGGUUUGAAUCAUCAUCGGAAGACUGCUGUCUUUGGACUAGCAUUGAUGUAUGACGAGACUGCCAAUUCCUUUGCGAGGCUGUUUGAUUCAUUCUUGAAUGCAAUGUCAGUAAUGACGUAUGAUAAGAUUGCCUAUUCAUUGACAUGCCUUUUUGAUAUAUUCUUGAAUGUGACGUUAGGUAAAGCACCACAAACGAUUCUUACUGACCAAGAUGGUGCAAUGCUGAGUGAAAGUCUAAAUAGCUGCUUGAAAGAGUACUUAACCAGGAAAAUGAGUAUUCCAGAUUUGUUCAUGCACCUUGACACGCUAUUGUCAGACAAACGGUACAAGGAAUAUCAAGCUGAGUAUAGUUUACUCAGUAAACUACCUAGACUUAAACAAAAUUGUCCCAUUCUAAAACAAGUGGGCAAUAUGUACACGUUGAAGAUUUUUGAACUUUUCGAGGACCAAUUCAUAGAAGCUUGUGUGGUUGUUACCGUGGAAGGAACAAGUUUAGAUGAAAAUGGAUUACGUGUUUCUAGAGUAUCUGUUUAUGAUGGCAGUAUGGAUUGGACUGUGACAAGGUGGGAUGAUGGCUUUCUAAGUUGUUCGUGCGGGAAAUAUGCAAUGGAAGGUAUUUUGUGCAGCCAUGUACUUAAAGUAUUGAAAGACGACACUCAUUAUUUCAAAGAAUUACCUUCUAUGUAUAUACUUAAAAGGUGGACGAUAAAAGCUAGGGAUAACAACGUACAAGACAUCCGUGGAUGUGAAGUUAUUGCUGAUCCUAAACUUGAAGUACGUAGAAGGUAUAGGAUGUUAUGUCGUUUUUUUACAGAAAUCAGUUCAUUUGCAUCCGAGAAAGAAAAGAAAUCAAAUGGCAACAACAGUGUUGGUGCAGGGGUAGGUGGCAGUGGUACCGUGCCACCUAUUACAUAUGUACGUCUGAAUGGUUGUGACAUUCCUAGCGACGCCAUUUGGAUUUACGAAGAUCAUCACCCAUGUGCACGUUUACAUUCAGAAACAAAUAUCGACCAAAUGACAUAUUGUCCUACCACUAACUUCAGUCAUCCCAGGACUCCACCAACUGAACAGGGGACUCCAUUUGUUUCGUAUCUUGAAUGCCGAUUCUCAGAUUAUCUUGAUGUUGAUCACACCAGUGGUGACCGUAAUUUGAUGCCAAUGUCGGAGGAGACAACAUCCGAGAUCAAUCCUCCUGCUCGGCAAAAUUUGUUUUGA